AUGUUGAGUCAAGGAAUCACCGCAGCAUUACUUUUCCUUGCAAAUUUUUACAUUUCGCCGGUGGCUACUGCGCAGUUCAAAUUUACGGUCAGUUUGCUGAAAGAAAUAGCUCAAGACGGUAAAUCUGCCAUUCUAUCUCCUUUUUCAAUAUCAACAACACUUUUUAUGGUUUAUCUCGCAGCAAAUGAUGAAACGAAACGACAAUUGCACAAUAUUCUUGGAGGAACAGACGAUGUCAAUAAGGACAUCGUAAUAUUACUACUGAAUGCAAUUUACUUCGGUGGAAUUUGGAAGACACAAUUUGAUGAUACAGUGACUCGUAAUGAAGCAUUUCACAUUUCGGAAUGCGAAACGAAAAAUGUAUUGAUGAUGAGAUUAAGAGCAAAAUUCCCGUAUUAUGAAGAUGAUUCUGUGCAAGUUGUCAAAUUGCCUUAUGUUGGUGAUGAAGUAGAAAUGGUUCUCAUAUUGCCAAAAAUACGCUUUAACAUAGCCAAUGUUCUAAAAAACAUGACAGGCGAAUAUCUACUCUCAUAUGUUGAUAGAGCUGUGCCAGACAUCGUAUUGCUUAAAUUACCGAGGUUCCGUUUGGAAGCAAAAUUGGAUUUGAAAGGAACUUUACAGAGAAUUGGCAUUAGGGAUGCUUUUAGUGAAAGAGCCAAUUUCAGAGAACUUACUGAUGACGCAGUUUUCGUUGGUGGUGUUAUGCACAAAGGCUUCAUUGAGGUGAAUGAAAAAGGAACGGAAUCAGCGGCUGCGACCGUGAUUGAUAUAGUGCCCCGCAUGUUAAUGGAAUCUAAGCCAUUCAUCGCUGAUCAGCCAUUCCUCUUUGCAAUUGUUAGGAAUUCCGAUACAGUUUUGUUUGCAGGCCAAUUCGCCAAGUGA